AUGUCCAACACGACAUCAUCCAACCAACACACGGGCCCGACGUCUCAAAAAGACAAAUUCAUUGCCCUGACAGCUUUAGUUUCCACCCUCUCGCUCGCAACCCUAGACCUCAAAGCCAGUAGUCAAAUGCUGCGCGAACCACCUUCAAAAUUCAUCUCUUCGCUACCUUACCAAACCUCCGUCUCUGUUCCAAAGUCUCCUGUGCUUAUCGAAGGCAUAGCGCACUCUUACGCCAGGGCAUUCACAGCAGGAGCAUUCUUCUAUCUGGCGUACAAGGAUUACCAAGGGAUGCAGAAACCCCAAGAUGGAGGAGGGAGGAAGCAAGAGUGGAGGUGCAAGGUUUGGGCUGGAUGUGGUGCGGUGGGUGUAUUGCUGCAGAGUUUGAGACCGCUGCCGGGUGGUGUUUCUGGAGUGCUGGGAGGUUUUGGGCAGGAAGGAGGUGUCAAGGGGCAAGCGAGGAGGAUGGGCGUGUUGAGUAUGGUCAAAGGCGUGGGGUUGAUGGCUACGGUGCCGUUUUGUCUUGAUGCUUGGAGGUCGAUGUGA